CCCCGUCCAAUGAGCAGGCGCGGCGCCUGGCGGAGGCGCCAGGAGGCUGCUUCGGCCAGCUCAGUCCCCACAGCUUAGCGGUCGGCUGAGGUGCGCGCCUGGCGCGGGUUCAGCGGGCGACGAGGAUGCGCCGCUGGCCGCUGCUGCUGCUGCUCUUGUGGGGGCUGCCCGCCGUGCCCGGGCGCCACUACCCGCACAGCGCCGUGCUGGACGGGGCGUCCCGCUACCGGCUCUCGUGGGCUGCGCAGGGCAGCUCCAUCGCUUUCCGCCUGGAGGUGCGCGCGGCGGGCUACGUGGGCUUCGGCUUCUCGCCCACGGGAGGCAUGGCUUCGGCGGACAUCGUGCUGGGCGGGUUGGACGCGGGGAAGCCCUACCUGCAGGUGAGGCGGACGGGCGCCUUGGACAGCGCUGGAGGGGGGGGGCAGAGUACGAUCUGAUCAGGGGCGGGGGUCUGGCUCACAAGUGCAUUGGGGGGAGGGAAGGAGAAGAAGGGCUGGCUCCCCCUUCCAGGACCACGGAUCCAAGCUCCUUAGGGGUCCAGGCUCCAGCUGCUCAGUGGAAUGGGCAGCCGUGCACUCUGUGCAUGCUCAGAGCACGAGGGUCCAUUAUAAAGCGGCUGGUGCAGUGAAGGGCAACAAUGGGACAGCCACCAAAUCGCGACCGUUUGGGGCAAGGGGCAAAAUGGGAUCUCAUGCUUGCUUCUCCUGAAUAGUCAUUUAGUAUGCCGUUACUACUAUUAUCAUUUUCGAUUUAUAUACCGUUCUUCAUCAAAAGAACUCGGGGCGGUUCACAAAAAACAAACCUGGUGUCAAGGGAUAGGUUUCGAGAAACCUCCUUAAGCGUUUUCCGUGAACUUGCUGGGUUGUAAAAAGAAUUAAUAUGAGGAAACAUUCAAACAUGUAUUGGAGUUAUUCUGGCAUGUGUGGGGCGUGUGUUUUUAUGGGGAGGGUGUGUGCCAGCAAUCCUAUGCGAGACAGAGAGUAGAAGAAGACUUUAAAGAGUUUUUAAAAAUUUGACCUAUUUUAUGAAUAGCCUUAUCUCCCAGGUUAGAAGCCUAGUGCUGAAGCUGGUUCUGAAUUUGACAGGUUUGAGAGUUAAUCCCUGGGCAAGACUUGGGUCCAUCUAAGACCCUUCUAAGGUGAGCAGAUGAGUGACCAGAUGGGUAGGGUGCUCAUUGGAGGAAAAGGCAAUGACAUACAAGUAAUUUUCUGCCUUUCAUCUGUCUGUUUCUCAUCUGGCAUUGGCAGAGCAUUCAUAGUAUGUAAAUCUGUGUUCAGUUGAGUUUAAGGUGAGUGUGCUUAGGAUUGCAGCCCUAAUUUUUAGCAUUGUUAAUGAUGACAAGCCCCAAUGUUCAUGUGACUGUGUUCACACUUCAUGUGCACAGAUUCAGGAAUUAAUAUUAUUAGUAAUAGAACGUUGAAUAUUUGUCCCCUUGUAGGGAUGGGAGAAUCUGGAGAUUUUUGUUUCUCCUCGGUUUCUCAUUUUUUCAUUCUCUUCAGUUCAGCAGAUUUCUACAUCAGUUUGCAGUUACAUAAAAGAACAAACUUUGACAAGCAGGACUUCUGCAAAGGGAGGUUUUGUGUCACACACCUUUCGGAAUUCUUUUAGUGUGUCCACAUGUAUUCAGUUGAGGGAGAUCUGGUUGACAUUAUAUACUUAGACUUCCAAAAUGCUUUUGAUAAAGUUCCUCACAAAAGGCUCAUGAGUAAACUUAGCAGCCAGCCACAUUGUAGGAACACAGGAAACUGCUUUAUAUCAUCUAGCACAGAUUAGUGACAAUAUAAAGGUUCGAUUACCACAAAGUAGGCAUUUAUCUUUUUUCUUUAGUAUUUACUUAUGUUUAUAUAAGUAAACAUAAGUGAAUUAUUAUGUUUGCAGCAUAUUGGUGCACACAAUAUGGUGCUUUACAUAGCUUUAUUUUUUAAAAAAGGCCCUACUCCCAAGAAACUUGCAAUUCAUGUGCUCCAUUAGAUAAAACUGCUUUGCUUCCAUCAAGGAAAAUAUAGAUCAACAUCUAGCUGAUCGAUCUGUGAAAGUUCAUAGUGGAAGAUCUGAACAGUGGAACACUGAAGUGUUUUUACAUAGUAUUUAUAAGAAAAACACACAUAUAUAUACACAAACAAGCCAGAGCUUUCUUUUUUCCCAGACUUUUAAAAAUUUAAAAUGCCCCACCAGGAAUUGAUUUCCCAUAUCCCCACCCAAAAAAAGAAAAAUUUGCCAAGUACUAGAGAUCAGGAAAACUUUUAAAUAAAAAACAUAAAUAAUUUUCUCUCUGUGUGCCUUUUGAUGUUACCUGGGGCUUUUGCUUCAGUAUCUGGUAUGAUGAAACAGAACUUGAAAGAUGCUUCUACUAACUCCUUGUAAAUAGAUCAAUCAGGUUGAAGGGUGCAAUUAUGUUAUGGAGACAAAAAGGAACUUUACAAAGGGUCCACACAUUCUUUCAAAAACUGUGGUUGAGUGGAGAGGGAGCCUGGAAUGAUGCAUUAGUGGCCGAGCAUUCCAGGAGCUCAGAGAUUAGAGUGGGAACCCAGCUCUAACUAUUUGGAAAGUGCAAGACUUGUGUCUAAAUAAGAGUGGUCUCUCAAGCAUGCUUAAUAGCUGUUCUAUGAGGGGUGGGAAAAGAGUGAGAGUUGAGCUAAGGUGGCGGGGGAGGGGGGAGAGAAAGAGAAAGAGAGAGAGCACUCACUACAGACACAUUUGUAGGCCAAUGGUAGCAAAGUAGCUGCAGACGGGUGGAGCUAUUAUUAUGAAUACAUUUAAGCAUGGAAAAAGCACAUGUACCUCAGUGCAGUGAAGCGAAGAUACUUGAUUGGUGCUGCCUCAGAGAAAUUGCUCAGUCUGUCUGCACUUGUAGUUAUAUUGCCGCUGCAAUAGUGCCAAAGUGGGUUUCUUGGCGGAUUACUUGCCAUGAGAGUGCCCAAGGCAGCUCUAAUAUUUGCAUCUAGCUUUUUGAAAGACCCUCUCUUUUUUGCUCAUGAAUUGACACAGCUUGCAUUUUCUUGCCUCCUCCGUGGUCUCCGCCCCUAUCUGGAAUUGUGCGUCCCCACCCGCAGCCUGCAGUAGCUGUGACAUCCAUUUUUGCAGAGGGUAAUCCUUCUUUAUGAAUGCUUGUUUUGUGCAAGUUCUACAGAACAUUGCAUUGCAAACCCUUCUGUUGAAUUCUUGCACAAAAAUAGCCCUUACUUGAGGCAUAAAUCCUUUUGUGAAUAGCUCUUCAUUAAUACUUGAUAGCACUGUGUUCAUUAUAACCCUUGCUUGUUAGCUGAAACCCAUAACGAAGAAUAUUUGUUUUAUCAAAUACAAUCAGUUUUGAGAUGUUACAGAGGAACAAUCAGAAUAGAUUUUGAAAAGCGAGAAAACGGUGAACGGAACCAUAUUCUUCUUUUAAAUGCACUCAUGCCAACAUAAACAAAGAAAUGCUAAGAAAACAAACAGAAAAGCAGUAAGGGGAGAUAUGUCAGUGUGACACACACUUUAUAUGUCAGCUGGUGUUUGGCUGGAGGCAUUUCAGUACGAAGCCUCCCUGUAUUGACUUAACUAUGGGGUGAGUUUGUAGUGUAAGAGCAUUCACACUUGAGAAACCAGAACAAAACAAAGUAGUUGGCAUCUUGCUCCAUAUUUACUGGCCUUCCACACAGCAGACCUGCUUCUUCUCAACAUGUGUUUAAAUCUGCAUUAAUUCAACAACCAUUUUGAAGAAGUGUGAGUACAGAUAGAGGUUUUCCACACGGCUGAAACAAAUUGUGAAGAAAGGACACAAUUUCUGAAGUUGUAUUCUUUUACCAUGAGGUGUAGAAACAAGUGUUAUUUUUAAGAUAAAAUCCCUCACAGACACCCCCCUCUUCUCAGCUUUUCCACAGAUAUACAAAAUACCUAUAGCCCUGGUUGGGACCCUCUGCUAUAAUUAAUCAAGCCCGGCAGGGGAAACCCAGCCAGAGGGGCAGGGUGUGGUCUCUGUUGUGUUAGGUUGUAAACCUGCAUAAUUCCCCAAAGCCAGGUUAAAUGAUAAUAAAGGACUUGUCAGCCUGCCAAUUCUAAAUGGUUCCCCACCUAAAAAUGCUUGAAGCAAUUCUUUUUUUGGUUCUUUAUUACAUUUGAAUCCUUCCAGUGAAUCUCAGACUGACAUUUUACCCUCACAACAAGUUAAGCUGAGAGCUUAACUUGUGCCAAAUGUGAAUGUGGACCUGGCACACUAGUCACUGUACUAGUCUGACUUGAGUGGUACAGAAUGAAAACUCUCAUCCAUAAUUUGCAUUCACGUGGAACAAAAUUUACAUCUCACAAGCAUAAUGGCCCAUAUGCCCUGGUAGAAUUGCAUAAUCAGGCUAUCAAAUAAUCUUGUGACCCUUUGUGUCGGAGUGCCCCAGUGUAGUUGAACAUAUUAUUCUCACUUCCUUUACUAAUGGAAGGAGGCAACAUAUAUUGCAGGUUGUCAAGUAGUUGGAGGGUAUCUUCUCCAUAAAAACACCUGUUCAAGGAUAGAAUGACAGCUGUGAUUCCUCCCCCCGCCCAAGGUUCCUUGUGCAGCUCUGCUUACAUUCUUCAAGGAUAAAACAGGGCUUAUUUACAUAUUUUUACUACAUCCAUAAGAAAGUACUCUCCUUGCCAUUUUGUAUAGCACUAAUCAGAAACCAUAUCAACUGCAAAUCCCUUUUGAGAGAGCGAGAGCAGGGUCAACAGCAUGUGAGGAGCAAUUCAUCAUCAAUGCCUUCAUCUGUAGGAAAUUAUAUACCUCAUCUUUUAUGAUCCGUAAAAUCAACUUACCAUGUGUUGCUUCAAUUUCUAAAUUACUUCCAGUGCAUGAAAGACAUCUAAUUGUUUGACUACACCCACAAGCCAAUAAUUGCUUACGGUAGUUUUCUUUAAAAAAAAAAAAAGUGCUGAUUUUAGGCAGUAUCGUUACUUCAAAACAUGCUAAACUUUGUCAUUAUGUAGUCUACAUCCAGGAUGAACAGCACAUCACAUGUGGUCAGUGGGGAUCUAAAGCUCUCUUUACACAAUGUUUUGAGCUGACAUGGUUCUUGCCAUUGACAGGGUAGCAUCUAUUACUUCAGAAUAAGGAAGAUGUCUCUGUUCAUGCUCAUAGUGGUACAAGCUCAGCGGCAAGCACAAGUCCCAGAAGUCAGGAUUCUAAGGUUCAUGAGCAAGGCAAGAGGUCCAUAAGCAAAUAGAAGCUACGAAGAUGUCCCAACAAUUGACAUUCCCCUCCUGCGAAGUUUUCAAAGAUAAGGCAGGGCAAACUCUGUCACAAGACUGUCUUGUCCUAGACUUCCAGGGUGGCGCCAUCGGUAAUGGCGGAUUCCCUCUGACUCGGAGAGGACUGGCUCUGCGGAAAUCGGGUCUGUACCGCUACGGCGAAGUGGGGACCCUCUAAAAAUCACAGGCGGGUGAAGCCUGUGACCGUGGGACUCGGCGGGCACACUUUGCGCGCCCCCAAUUUGCAAAGGAGCCCAAUUACGGGUUCUGGAGUGAAGCGGGGAAGCAGCGCGGUGCUGUGAGUCAACUGCUUCUUCCGUGGAGCGAAGCCGCACAGCCGUUACUGGAGAGCGCUACCUUUUUCCUGUGACAAUUUGGCUACAAAACAACGAUCCGUGAGUAGGUUAAUUUGGGAAUUAAAGGAGAACAAAGAAUAAAGAAGUAAUUUGAUACCGAAGCGGAGAGGCACAAACAGGAAGUCUGCCUUCCGUUCUUUGUAAAUAGAGUAAAGCAAUGAACUGGCAAGCUAAAACCUUGAAAGACGUUUGAAAAGGACUAUAAUUCUAUCAUCAAAACAAGCGAUUUCCCCCCUUGUUUGCAGGAAAGGAGGGGGGAAAGGUGUGAACUGUAUUUCCCUGCAAAAAGAGAGAAAAGGAAGCUAAAAUUCACUGCUUAAACCCUAGGAACGGGCUGCCAAUGAACAAUAAGAAUGCCGUACUGUGAAAUGCGCUAUUGGUGAAAGUACUUUUUGACAGCUAACUCUGCAAGUGAGAUACAAGUGGGAUACAAUAUCUUUGGCUGGCUUCUCCUGGUUUCAAAGUAACUGGAAAAUAACUGAAAAUUGAAACUGUCGUCUAUUUUGUGAACUGAGGCGAUUAAAAGAAAAAAGGUUAUUUAUUUUAAGGUAACAACUUUGGACUGCUACUGUGUCCCCCUAGAGGAAGUUUGAAACUGUUACAACAAUAACUGGGCCAGGGGAAUUUUCCACUUCAAAACAAAUUCUGGUCGUGGGAUUGACCUUGGGCCUUAUCUAGAGUGUUAUGGCAAAUGGAAAAGAGAAAAUAGAUUUGCUUCAGGAAAAAACAACGAGGUCUGGUAGAUCAUUUCGCCCAGACAUUGGGCUGCAGCGAAGAGCAUCAACAUCUGGCCCUUCUGGCUUACCAACAGGGGCUGCAUUGGUACAAUCUAAACCCAAAGGAAUGGCAUCCGAAGAUGCUUUAGCUCAGGCACUAGGUAAAAUUAAUGAAUCUCUGGAAAAAAUAAGUAAACAAGUAGCUGAAGCAUCAGUUAAAAUUGAUCAAAAUACCACAAGUAUUAACAAUUUGGGACAGAAGGUAAAUACUAACACAGAAACCAUUGAGAAAUUGCUACAGGAAUCUACUUCGACCCGAAAGACAGCUGAAGAAGCAAAGGAAAUAGCAGUUGCUGUAGAAGAGAAGAUACCGCCGAUACACAAGCAACUUGAAGACCACAGGUUAAUACUGUCCACGAUUGAAUUGAAGGAGAAACAAACGAAUUUGAGGAUCAGGGCCGUACCUGAACUUGAGAAAGACAAUUUGACUGACUUCCUUACCCAGGAAUUUGCAGACUUUUUGAAGCCAGACUCGGAGAAGGACAACUUUAAGAUAGUGAGCGCUUUCAGGCUUGGAAGAGGAGGGAAGAAGAACAGGGUGAGAGACUGUUUGAUCACCCUCCGAACAAAAGAGGAGAGAGACAAAAUCUUGAGUCUGCACUUCAAGAAGACUUUGGAAAUACAUCAGUCAAAGGUGGAGAUAUUUAAGGACAUUCCGAAAUAUCUUUUGGACAUUAGAUCCAAUUAUAGAGAUUUGGUUGCCCUGCUGAGAAGCAACAAAAUUAUCUUUAGGUGGGAAUUCCCCCAAGGCCUUUCCUUUAGUUUCAAAGGAAGAAAGAUAAAAAUAAGAUCAGAGGACGACAAAGAAAGAUUUCUGAGAGACCACGGAGAAGACCUGCAGAAAGAAGCUGGAGAAGAGUCAAGAAUACUAGAAAGAGGAACUUUAGACAUAUCAAGACUACCUUUUGAAUUAAAAGACCACCUGGAGAAGGAGAUACCACCGACAGAACAGGAACAGGCACUUGGUGCAGUUGGAGGAGAAGUAAAGUAACUACAUCAUGGCUCUGCAACUAUUAAGUUGGAAUUGUAAUGGUCUCAACUCCCCUCAGAAAAGGAAAUCUGUGUUUCAUUUAUUAAAAAAGGAACAAUUGGACUUGAUUUGUUUACAGGAAACACAUGUACCAAGGUUACAUAGGAAAGUAUUGAUUAACAAAAGACUGGGCCAGGAAUUUAUUUCUUCGGAUAAAGUUAAAAAAAGAGGAGUAGUGAUUUAUGCAAAGGAGAGACUAUUACCGAAAUUUAUCUUUAAAGAUGAUCAAGGAAGAUUUGUGGCAAUUGAAAUUCAAAUACAAGGAGGGGAAUUCUUAAUAGUAGGAGUUUAUGCACCAAAUGAGGGGAAAUCUGAAUUCUUUAAAAAGUUGCAUGAGACCUUGAUGGACUAUUUGGACUAUUUGGACUAUAAUGUAAUUUUGAUGGGAGAUAUGAAUGGAGUGGUAUCUACACAUAUGGACAAGGCACAAAGACAGGUAGUCACUAAGGUUGGUAGACAGACAACUUGGACUUAGUUGAUAUCUGGAGAACAAAGAAUCCCCUGGCCAGAGAGGGAACCUUCUUUUCUGAAGCCAAACUGACAUGGACAAGAAUUGACCAAAUAUGGUUAACUAGAGGAAUGGCACCAAAUACAAGAAAAGUGGAAAUCUGCCCAAAAAUCUGCUCCGACCAUAAUGCUGUUAAGAUGGAGAUGAAACUAACACCAACUGGCUCCUUCAGAUGGAGGAUGAAUGACACCUUAUUUAGAGAUGAAGAAGUCAUUAAGAAGGCCAAAAAAACCUUGAGAGACUAUUUUGAGAUAAAUAUGAGCACCAAUGUGGAAAAAAGAGUAAUCUGGGACGCAAGCAAAGCUGUUAUGAGAGGGUUCUUGAUACAACAGAAUGCAUUAAAGAAGAGAAUCCAAAAUGAGAAGAAGGAUAAAAUAUUGGAGAAAAUAAAGGAAAGUGAAAAGAAAUUGAGAGCAAAACCAAAGUCGCAAGAGAUUUUGAGAGAAAUAAAGUUAUAUCAAGUACAAUACAUGAAAAUGAUGAAUCAGGAGAUAGAAUGGAAAAUUAAACAAAUGAGACAAAAGACAUUUGAGUCGGCUAAUAAAUGUGGGAAAUUGUUGGCUUGGCAAAUGAAAAAACGACAAAAACUAAAUACUGUCACAAAUUUAGAAGUGGAAGGAAGGAAUAUACAGAACCCAGUUGAGAUUAGAAAUUGUUUCCAGAGGUAUUUUAAACAACUAUAUACACAAGGGCCACAGAAAGAAAUUGAUGUAGACCGAUUUUUGAAAACAAAUGGAUUACAAAAAAUCUCUCAAGAAAAUAAAUUAAUGCUGAACUAUAAAAUAACUGAACAGGAGGUAGAAGGUGCCAUUCAGAAUAUGCAACUAGGUAAAUCUCCAGGACCGGAUGGACUGACUUCUAGAUACUACAGAUCCUUGAAGGAAUGGUUAGUACAACCUUUAAAGGAAGUCUGUAAUGAAAUAAUGGGUGGGAAAAGGGCACCAGAGUCGUGGAAAGAAGCGUAUAUUACACUUGUACCGAAAAUAGAGACUGAAAAGACCCAACUUAAGAACUACCGCCCCAUAUCACUGCUCAAUGUGGAUUACAAAAUCUUUGCAGACAUUUUGGCUAAAAGACUAAAAAGAGUCCUAAUGGAAGAGAUACAUAAAGAUCAAGCAGGCUUUCUCCCAGGUAGACAUUUGUCUGACAAUGUGAGAAACAUAAUCAAUAUUUUAGAAAAACUACAAGUGAAUAUAAAUACCAAGGCAGUUUUGAUAUUUGUGGACGCGGAGAAAGCCUUUGACAAUGUUUCUUGGAGUUUCAUGAAGAAGAACCUACAGGGGAUGGGGGUAGGCCAAGGUUUUGAAAACGGUAUAAGUGCAAUUUACUCAGAACAAAAGGCUAAAUUAAUUGUAAAUAACGUGGUGACGGAGGAAUUUAAGAAAGAAAAAGGGACACGACAAGGUUGCCCAGUCUCUCCUUUGCUAUUUAUAUCGGUCCUGCUGAAUAUGAUUAAGAAGGGACCAGUUGGUUAAAGGUAUACAAGUCGGAGCUAAACAGUACAAACUGAGAGCAUUUGCAGAUGACUUAGUAUUGACAUUGCAGGAGCCAGAAUCUAGUACUAAAAGGGUUUUGGAACUGAUUCAAGAAUUUGGUCAGGUUGCAGGAUUUAAAUUGAAUAAGUUAAAAACAAAGGUCUUAGAGAAAAACUUAACUGUGAUUGAGAAAGAGAGGUUUCAGAAUGAGACAGGUUUAACAGUGGUUAAGAAAGUGAAAUACCUGGGGAUUAACAUGACAGCAAAAAAUGGGAAUCUAUUUAAAGACAAUUAUGAGAAAUGCUGGGCUGAAGUGAAAAAAGACAUAGAAAUUUGGUCAAAUUUGAAGCUUUCACUGCUAGGCUGUAUUGCUGCGAUAAAAAUGAAUGCAUUGCCUAGAAUGUUGUUUUUGUUUUGGACAAAAUGGAUUGCUUCAAGAAGUGGCAGAGAGAUAUUUCUAGAUUUGUCUGGCAGGGCAAGAAGCCUAGAAUAAAAUUUAAAAUACUAAUGGAUGCAAAGGAAAGAGGUGGAUUUGCCCUGCCAGACCUUAAACUUUAUUAUGAAUCAGCAGCUUUUUGCUGGCUGAAAGAAUGGCUGCUUCUUGAAAACAGACAUUUUGGACUUAGAAGGUUUUGACAAUGUAUUUGGAUGGCAUGCAUAUUUGUGGUAUGAUAAGGUCAAAGCACAUAAAGCAUUUAAAAAUCAUAUUGUCAGGAAAGCAUUGUUUAAUGUCUGGAUAAGAUAUAAAGACCUACUGGAAAAUAAAACCCCAAGGUGGCUGUCACCGAUGGAAGCGAAAGCUCUGAAAAAGCUCAAUAUGGAGGCCAAAUGGCCGAAAUAUUGGGAAAUUCUGGAACAAGAGGGAGACAGAUUGAAACUGCAGAGUUUUGAAAAACUAAAAAUAAAGUGCGAGAUUGGCUUCAUUAUUAUCAGAUAAUGGAGGCAUAUAAUUUGGACAAGAAAAUUGGCUUCCAGGUGGAAAAAUCAAAAUUAGAAACAGAACUGUUAGAACCCAAAACUAAGAUUUUGUCAAAGAUGUAUAACUUGCUGUUGAAAUGGAAUACUCAGGAUGAAACGGUGAAAUCUGCUAUGAUUAAAUGGGCACAGGAUGUUGGACAUAACAUAAUGAUGGCUGACUGGGAACAGUUAUGGACCACAGGUAUGAAGUUUACGGCAUGCAAUGCCUUAAGAGAGAAUAUUAUGAAAAUGAUAUACAGGUGGUACAUGACCCCAGUCAAGCUUGCAGAAAUCUACCAUUUGCCCGAUAAUAAAUGUUGGAAAUGUAAGGAAACUGAAGGUACAUUCUUUCACCUUUGGUGGACGUGCCUAAGGAUUAAGGCUUUCUGGGAGAUGAUAUAUAAUGAAUUGAAAAAGGUAUUUAAAUAUACCUUCUUGAAGAAACCAGAGGCCUUUCUCCUGGGCAUAGUCGGCCAAUCGGUGUUAAAGAAGGACAGAACUUUUUUUAUGUAUGCCACAACAGCAGCAAGAAUACUCAUUGCAAAGUAUUGGAAGACACAAGAUCUACCCACUCUGGAAGAAUGGCAGAUGAAGGUGAUGGACUAUAUGGAACUGGCGGAAAUGACUGGCAGAAUCCGAGACCAGGGACAAGAGUCGGUGGAAGAAGAUUGGAAGAAAUUUAAAGACUAUUUACAGAAAUAUUGCAAAAUUAACGAAUGUUAGAAUGAUGUUGGAUUGAAGUUAAGUGGUUUCUAGCUGUAAUGGUAUAAAAUAAUAUGAAAGAAUUGGAUUUUUAACAGGUAAAAAUUUAAUGCUAUAAUAUAUUAAGAUUAAGGAUCAGGAUAAAAUAAGGAGGGAAAGGAAUUGCUGAACUAAUAAAUUGAACUGGAAUACAAGAAAGGGAGGUAUGAGGAGGUCCGGGAAACAAGUAAAUGAAAGAUAAGUGACAAAAAGAUGUAAUUGUUUUUAACUGUUUUUUAUUUUGUAUUUUUCCUUUUUUCUUUUUCAUUAUGUAAUAUUGUGAAAACUUUAAUAAAUAUUUAUAUAAAAAAAAGAAGAUUGGAAGAAAUUUAAAGACUAUUUAUAGAAAUAUUGCAAAAUUAAUGAAUGUUAGAAUGAUGUCAGAAUGAAAUUAAGUGGUCUUAGCAGCAAUGUUACAAAGGUGUAUGCACAAAUGGAUUGUUAACAGAUGAGAAUCUAAAGUUAUAAUAUGUUAAGUUAAAGGAUUAAGAUAAAAACAAAGAGGGAAAGGAAUUGCUGAAUUAACUAAUAGAACUGGAAUACAAAAAGGGAGGUGUGAGGAAGUCAGGGAAGUAAGGAAAUGAAAUGUAAGUUAUGGAAAGAUCGAUGUGUUUUUUUAUUAAGUGUUUUUUGUAUUUUGUAAUUUUUUCUUUUUUAUUUCUUUUCUUUUUUCUUUUCUGUUUAUCUAUGUAAUCUUUUCUUUGAAACUUUAAUAAAUAUCAUUAAAAAAAAAAAAAAAGUUCUUAACAGAAAAAAAAAGACUGUCUUGUCCUGUGUGUCUGCCACAGGUACACAUGUCUGCUCUGUCUGGGGGGUGCAUCUGAUCUUACCUACAAAGGUGGUGCCUGGUCCACAAUUGGGGGGAUGGAAAGAACUAGCAAAUCUACUUCCCCCUCUCUGGCCUCUAGAGCCAAAAGUGGAGGACCUCCUUCCUCCAUCUCUGGGUGCCAACCUUCCAGCCCCCACCCCACCCAUCUUCCUAUCCUUCCUGGGGUUGCCAAGCCACAUCCUGAUGGAGUCAAGGAGUCAUUAUCAUAGUUCUUCUCAUAUAUCUUUGCCAAUGUGGUUAGGGCAGACUACAUUUAUAUACAGUGUUGACGGUUGCCACUGUGAUGCAGAGCCACACAGUGCCACAUCAUAGGCGGAGAAUAACUCCUUACACAAAGCUGCUAUGAUGAUCAUGAUAAUAGAGUAAUUCAAGGUAGCAUGUAAACUCAGAAUAUUUUGCCUCAUAGGAGGUACGGGAGGCAGGCGAGUGAACUGACUGAAUGUCAAUAUCUUUGUUGAGCUGUUACAUGAGUUAUCUUUUGUGGACUGGAAAUGUUUGUCCACUAAUAUAUACUGGUUUUCUUGGAGAUGCAUACCUUGGCUUAUCCACCCAAAUUGUUUGUGUUUAGUUUCUGUUCAUUUAUUUGGUCUGUUGUCUGCCCCACCCCUUUUCUUUUACAUGUAUCUCUAAUAAAAUUCUUUUUUAAGAAGAAAGAAAGAAAGAACUGCUGGAAAAAUGCGUCCGAAAGCAUAGUAGCUACAGCUUACUCAACACCUCAUUUUGGAGUGUGGUCCUGGCCAACUCACUCUGAGCAAAAUAGAAAACAAAUGCACAAAUGCCCCCACAAGCUAAGAAGAGAAAAUUAGAUGACAUUACUGUCCUGGUCUCUAAGUCUAUGGAAGUUUUUUGUGAAUUAGCAUCAGAGAAUUUUAAGUCAGUCACAGGACUUAUGGUGACCUAGAGAGGAGUCAGAAAGCCAGCUGCACAUUAUGACAAAGAAUUCAGAGGUGAAGAGGUUAAUGACACUAUAAUGCAGCUUAUGCAUUAUAUCAUAUGUCUGCUAACAUUGAGAAGUAGGAUAAUCUUCCCUCAGAAAAACAUUAAAAUAUUCCUGUGGGUUGGCACAUACAAAGUGUACAGCAAUAUCAUAUUCCUAUUUAAUAUUUCUCUGUCUGUCUGUCUGUCUGUCUGUCUGUCUCUCUCUCUCUCUCUCUCUCUCACACACACACACACACACACAAUAACUUGGUUAUGAAUAACUUCCUUCCAUAUGUAGACUAGGAAGUAGGUUCCAAGGAAAUAGAAAGAACUAAGAACAUAGGUUUAGGAUUGGGGUAUUAGAUUGUUCAUUAAUGCAGACACUUUAUUCCUAGAUUUUAAAACAUGAAACAAAAGAGGGCUUUGAAAUAGAUACACUUUAACAACAAACUUUUAAAAGUUAGUUUAUACAUUCUAUGAAUGUAAAGCAAAACCAUAAUGGAUACACUUCUAACCCACAAGUGCAAUGCAAAGAAGUAUCAUCUGUACAAUAUGUUUCACAUGGAUCUUUUAAUGUAACUAUUUUGAUUACAGUGUAUUUCAUGUUUUCAUGGCAGCGGCGUAGCAUGGGUUGUCAGCACCCGGGGCAAGGCAAGUAAUUUGCGCCCCCUAAGCCCUAACCUGCCGCCGCUGCCAGCUUCUUCUUGCUGCUGCCUGGUCUGGUCUGGUGUGGUUCUCUCCCGCGCUCAGCGCUGCGCUGGGCGGCCGCUGCACUGUCCCUCCCCCAGAUAGUCCCUCGCUCUCUCUCCACACCGCACGCCUGGCACCCACCCCCUCCACAGUGGGCGGCGACCCAGUGGCUUGGAUCAGAUUCGCACAGCCAGCACUGCAGUGAGAGAGAGUGAGUGAGCCAGGUAGGGGCAGAGAGCUGCGAGUGCGAGCGCCCCCCCAGAUGUUGCGCCCGGUGCGGCCGGCCCCCCCUGCACCCCCCACGCUACACCACUGUUUCAUGGUGACAAUGUUGGGAAAUUUGCUUUGUUUUCUUUUUCUGCUCUUUCCUUCCCUCUUUUGUAAGGUGCGCAGAUGAAAAUAUAUGCAUACAGUUAUAAAAUAUAUUCUGGUGGCUGAAUUCUGAUGUUUUCCUGUUUGCUAAUAUAAAAUACUUUCUUAGAAAAUUACAACUUAUCCUUUUACACUUCUUUCCCAGAAAACUCAAAAGGUUGUUGAGUUCAGAUUAUUUAAAGCAAAACAAAAAAAGUAACAGCAGGAUAAUGUUCUGGUUUCUUUCUUCAACAGGAUUAUUUUACAAAUGCAGACAGAACAUUGAAAAAGGACUCUCAGCAGGACUACCAUCUGGAGUAUGCCAUGGAAAAUAGUACCCAUACGAUACUAGCUUUCAGCCGGCAACUUCACACGUGUGACCCCAAUGACAAGAGUAUAACAGUAAGUAGUUGACGAUCAAUCUGACUCAGAGAGAGGGGAGUAAGACUUAAAUCAUGAAUGAAGAGAUAAAACAGUCUGCCAAAAAAAAUCAAGCCAUUUGUGAGCUUCACAUUCUUGGAUCAAUUAGCUAUUAUGCUAUGCUAGGGUUGCCAUAUUUCAAAAUGUGAAAAUCCGGACAGAAAAGUUGUUGAGCUUUUUUUUCCUCACUGAAAAGCUCUAUGCCUAAUAGAAGUUUGUUUAAUUACAGAUUCUGGUGGCAGCACCUGAAUAAUUAACUCAUCAGAAUACAGUGGUACCUCGGGUUACAAACACCUCAGGUUACAAACACUUUGGGUUACAGAUUCCGCUAACCCAGAAGUAGUACCUCGGGUAAAGAACUUUACCUCAGGAUGAGAACAGAAAUCGUGCACCGGCAGCGCGGACGCAGCGGGACACCCCAUUAGCUAAAGUGGUACCUCAGGUUAAGAAUGGUUUCAGCUUAAAAAUGGACCUUCGGAACGGUUUAAGUACGUAACCAGAGGUACCACUGUAUCUCAAUUCCACAAGGAGGCAUUGCCUGAAGUACAGAACAGUUUAGGAUAGGUGAAAUGAAUGUUCUUGGAUUUUUAAAAUUUAAAAUAUUUAUAGACUGCUUUUUUGAUCAUAUAUAGGCUGUAUAAAAAGCAGACAAAACUAUUUUAAACAGCAAAUUUAAACCAAAAAUGAAGUGCAGAGUGAUAGAACUACAAAAAGACUAAAAUGCAGCUAUCAAUCCCUUACUUAAGAAUCUUUCUGGACUAUCUCUCACCAACCCUAGCCAGGUGGCGGGGACUGACGAGAGUUGUAGUCUAAAAUAUAUGAAGGGUAUCAUUAGGAAAGGCUGUUAUAGGUGGGCAGAUUCAUCUGGUAAGCCGCCAUGAUCAGCUGAGACAUCUUCUUGCAUACUUAAUCAGUAAAGCUUUUCUUUUUCCUUUCUAGGAAAGCACAGUGAGGGUGAUAUGGGCAUACCAUGACAAAGACUUUAGAGAAGGAGUUCAAAAUUACCAUGGUUCAAAUCGAGGGACAAAGAGUCUUCGUUUAUUGAACCCAGAGAAGACUGCUAUUAUCGCUCCCUCCUUGCCGUAUUUUGACUUGACAAACCAAGGCGUAAGUUUCUUUGGGUUUUGCUUUUAUUAAGGAUCAGGGUAAGAUGGGUGGAACUGUUAGCUACCUGUACAGGGAGCAGAAAUCAGAUACUUUUAUAUUAUAUUUGCCUUUCCUUUUCCUUUUAUUAAGACAGGUGCCUAUACCAGACAAAGAUACAACAUAUUGGUGCCAAAUGUUCAAGAUACCUACACUACAUGAAAAGCAUCAUGUGAUACAGGUAUGCCAUCAAGAUACAUAUAUGUAUGUAUUUACAAGAUAGCACUUUUUGCUAAGGCUUUCUUUUUUGUACACACAUUUUAAAAACAGUGAAGAUCCUUGAAAUGUAGGAUCAUAUUUUCAGCAUCUAAAAAUCUGAACUGCUGCAUUAACUUUAGUUCUGUUUUAUGUCCUGCCAUGGUUAUGUUGAUUUACUGUAGAGAAGUUUAAGAAAAAAGGGGCUUCGGUUGGUCAUCCAUGCAUGUGUGUGUGGGGGGGGAGAGAAUUACUAUCAACCCCUAAAUGGUUUUCCCUAAUUUGGAUAGAAACAUGAUUAUUUGAAAGUUCCCUUGAAAUGGGAUUUGAUUUAGAGUACUGAAAUGUAUUUUAAAUGUAUUUUAAAUCUUUGUUGGAAGCUAACCGGAGUGGCUGGGAAAACCCAGCCAGAUGGGCGGGGUAUAAAUAAUAAAUGAUGAUGAUGAUGAUGAUGAUACAGCUCCCACUGCCACCCCCCAAAUAAAAGCCAUUUUGGUUAAGUUUAAGAAAUACUGUUUUUGAACAUCAGCUGUUUUAUUGCUGCUGGAUAUACUUGUGCUUCUUCAGUCGAUACGAUGGAAUUCCAAGACUUGCUGUGCUGGUUCAUUAAUGUUCAGGAUCUCAUGCGCCAACAUUUAUGACUGUUUAGCAUGAUACAAACAUGCUGCAGCAAAUAUAUAGGAUCUAGGCAGGUAGUUUGGUGUACAGUAAGUCUGCAAUGUACACAUAUUUUAUUUGGGUGCAUUCAGGUUUAUGUGCUUAGCAAAACAAUUUUACAUAAUUAAAAAGAGUAUUGAAAGGAGGCAGGCAUCCAGGGGAAAAGACUUUGGCAAUCCCACCUGCCAUGGAACCCAAUGUGUUUUGACUAUAUGCGAUUUUGGCUUUAGGCAUGAUUCCCAGAACAUAACCCCCAUGUAAAUUGCGGACUUACUGUAAUCUCUGAAUCACAUUGUGCAAAGAUGGCUUUAUGUAACUCCACAGUUUUUGUGAGGAGUGGUGGGUUUACCAAAGAAGUUAUAAGAUUACAGAAAGACUUGCUUCUUAUUCUGAACUUCUUAAUCUGCUACUUUUAUCUUGAAAGUAAAUGCCUAUCCAGCUAAAUAUGUUACAUAAAUCAAAACGUUCACAUGAGUUACGAAAUUUUACAAAUCUUGAGACCCAAAGUAUAUGCAGUUUUCUUAAGGGAGCUAACAACACUUAUUUAUGCCUGCAAACAUGUCUUGUGGCUAGAUGUGCACUUGCAUCAUGCUUUAGUUUGCUUAAGUUGCAGGACUCCACAGAUGCCAGAGGCACAAUUCCAUGCAUUUGAUGUUUGCCUAUAUAUAGUACUAAUGUCCUGAGUGUUCUAAAAUAAAAUAAAAAACCCAGCCUAUGCAUUAUGUAUACCACUCAAGGCUUUCUUAAAUACUAGCUCCCAUGUAAUGAAAAUUAAGAUUCUCAAGUCCUUCACUAAAACUAUUAAAUAGCUACUAUCGAAAAUAUUGUGUGUGCCUCUCUUAUUGUUUUCUUGGGUAUCUGUUUUAUUUAAAUGAAUAUAUGUAGAUUACAAAUUGUAUAGUUUUUAUAGAUAUUGAAGAAGGGAGUAUCCUCUGUUAGACAGAAAUCUAAGGGGGGGACGACUAUUGUUUUGUCCUUCAUAUGCCAACUGAAGAUGGUAUAAGGGGCUCUUAUAUGGCUGGCACAAAUAGCUUUUGUGAUGGAGGAAGAUUUUUUAUUUCUCCGUUCUUAGAUACAGACUUCAUUUUGAUCCUGGUACCUAGAUAAUAAACAGAUACCAGGAGUAUAUGUUAACAAGGACACACAUUUUUAAUAUGUAACCACAAAUUAUGAAGUACCACAGUUUCACAUUUAGUUCACAUGAUGAAAGUAUUAAGACGCAGCUGAAUGAGUUGGAAACUGUUUCUCCUGUAUAUUUCAACACCUGUUCAGUCUCAAGUUAGCGGGUGGGGGGAAGAAUGGGUAGAACUAGCCCACCUUCCAAUCUGCCAUGCUGCUGAUGGGGGAAUUCUGGCACCAGCACAUGAGCCCUGGCAGCAAGAAGUGUGCCCUAUACACUUUCCCCAAUGGCACGUGGAUUGGAAGCUACCACUAGUGGUAUCCUUGUGGGCAGAAGUCCAUGGAAAAAGCCUGAAACAGGGUGUUUUGGGAAUUGAUUGGCACAGUAUGGUUCCAGUGAUGGGGCUGUGGAUACAGCUGUGACCUACUGUGUUUCAUCAAUGCCAGACACUUCCAGACAGAGGUUCUGAUUGCUCUGUAAGAUCACUGUAGUUGAUAAUUUAGGUAGAUUCCACUUCAUCCAAGUUGCAAACCUCUCCAGAACCUGGCUAGGUAGAAGGGGUAGGGGAGAUAAUUUGAGAUGCUGCUCAGAAACACAAUUCAGUUUUAUGGCCAGUAACUACAACCAGCUGUCAUGGCUAAAAAAGUUGACCUCCUAAGUUCAAAAAAAAAAUUCAAAAAAGUUCAAAAAACAACAACCGGUCUUUCACCAAGUUUACAUCAUUUACUGUAAUCUGUACCCACCUAGUUUUGGCAACUUUCUUAAAUCAACAGAUGUCAUAAGUGGCCUUUGACUUGUGUGCUUGACCUUUUAACCAUCCUAACUGCAACUUCUAGAUGAGGGUCUGGACAUAGUAGGUGUUCUUCAUAAUUUCCAAAGGAAUCAUUUCUUUAUUUCAGCCUUCCAUUUUGCACCCCUUCUAACCCGAUUUAACCCCAUCAACAUUAUCCUGCAGCAGGAGGCUAUGUAUGUAAGGACAUAGAUGACUAUCACAAGCACAUGUGAUACUAUUGGCAACCUAUUGGGCCAGUCACUUGGGCUAGUCACUGUCUCUCAGUCCAGUCUGCCCUACAGGGCUGUUGUGAAAAUAAAAUGGGAAGAGGAAAAACCAUGUAUACCACCUUGAGCUCCAGGAAGGAAACAUGGGGUAUAAAUGUAAUAAAUAAAUCCCAGUUAGGACUGGGGGAAAUCCCUGUUUGAAGCUCUGAGAAGCCACAUUCAUUUAGUAUUGAGAAGUGGUCUGACAUGGUAUAUGACAGCUUUGUAUGCUGGUAGGCUAUCCAACUGUUCAAAGAAGCCGUGUUCAUGAAUGACACCAAAUUAUUUGGGGGUUUGUGCUAAAAGCUCCAAAAGGAACUCCUUAAACUGGCUGAAAGGCAACAGAAUGGCAAAAGAGAGUCAGUGUAAAUUCUUUUGUUCCAGAUUAGCAGUAAAGCAUAUAAAAACAGUGUGAAAAUGAGUAGCAAAUGUAUUGAUGGGUGGCAAGAGAAGCAGAUAGACCUGUUCUGUUGCAUUUUUAUUUGUUUUUGUAUUUACUGUUGACCUGUUCUAUUGUAUUUUUUAUCUGUUUUUAUGUUUGUUGUAAACUGCUCCCAAAACUUCCUCAUUGGGCUGCAUAUAAAUACUUUUAAAUAGAGACAGGCAGGCAGGCAGUGCAAAAUUCUGUGCCUCUGACAGGGGCCAAGAACAAGUUGCCAAAAUAUUUUAUCUGCCCUGGAACAGGCUAGCAGAUGCUACUUAAACAUAAUUUUUAGAUUCAUAGUAGAGUCUCAUUAAAAAGAGACUCUCAAAAAUCUUGUUACCAUGGGUAACUAGGCUUUUUGACACAGGAACGUAUUAGUAAUGCCAAAUCCAACAGCGUGCAAAACACAAAGGGGCUCCAGUUUGAGAGCAUGAUUGAUCGGAAGCCAAAGGGGCAGCCACAGCAUUUGAUACUUAAUGGGAGCACUGUUUCUUAUCUUGAAUGAUAGACAGUACCUACUUAUUAUUCUGUGGCCUGCCUUGCAUCUUGCUUGAUGCAAAUUGCAUCACUUUUUUUCCUGAAAAGGACCCCCCCCCCAAAAAAAGUGAUGUGAAGUUUUGCAUUCUAAGCAUUUGCUACCUGUUCAAAGCUCUCACAGCUCCAUAAAAUCAAGUUGUCUGUAAAAUGUUCAGCUGAAUAUCACAAAUCUUUCUUAUUUGUUUAUGGGUCCUUUGAUCUGAUGGAUUUUCUCUUUGUUGCAAGCUUGGCUAUGCCUUUUAAACUUCCAAGAUUAUUUAUUUAUUUUGACUUACAACCCACUUUAUCCUCAAAGGCUCAAAGUAACUAAGAACACUGAAGAUGAUCAACAGCUGAAGGUUCUAAAAACAUUUAAAAAGAUUAUGCUCAAGGUGGAUUCUGAUUCUUUCACAAUAAAUUUAUAGGGUGAUAUCUAAGUCAGGCUAGACCCACUGAAAUAAAUUAAUUCCAGUAACUUAAGUCCAUUGAGUUGAAUGAGCAUUGUGACCCUAUGGCAGAUGUGAGGUAUAGGGGUCUGAGAAGUGGCCCAGAACCCAGGCAGCUGAUAUGAUGGCCUCCAGUCCAGGGGCAGGGAUGACAAUCAAUCAACCAAUCUAUCAUUUUAUUUGUAUGUCACCAUUCCAAAGUUAAAACCAUGCUCAAGGUGGCUUACAACGUACUUUUAAGAUUACUUACCUACAAGCAUAGAAAAAGUAGUCAUAAACAAUCAACAAAGCAUCAAAAAAGUGCACAACCAAAUUGAACAAUUUCCACAUAAAUAAUAAGAUCAUAAUAAAGAUGCAAAAAUAGCAUUAACAGCAGCAACAGAACCUCACAACAGCACCCUCCCAGACCAGAUGGGAAAAGGCGUGCAAGGCAGGGAGCAGGUCUUGCAGGUUGCAGAGCCAAGAUGGUGUCUGGCCUUUUCAGCAGCCUCAGCAGUCCAGACCCAACAUCUCCUAGGAUCACUGGCAGUGUGAAGAUCUGCUAGAGGAUCCUGCUGCAGGACCCUCUAGAAGACCUCAGGAUCUAGUGGGCAAGGCAGAACACUUUCAUAUGACUUAAUUACAUUCCUACUUUCAGUUGACCAAAUCUUCCAAAUCAUUUUUGAGAGAUGAGAUUAAUGUUGAGUGAGUAUCAUUUUAUCACUUGCCCAAAUUUUGGACGAAUAGUUGUUAAAAGUACAUACGCAUGCACACAGCUUACAGCUGCAACUUCAAAAGAAGAAAAGCAAACAAAAGGGGGGGGGGAGAGAGAUGGGAAAUUAUAAUAAGCAAAGUUCCAUGUCUUUCUGAUGUCACCCUGGAAAAGGGUCUGGCUUCCAUGUGUACGUUCAGCCAUCUGAAGUUUUCUUUUUUGUUGUUUAAUGACAAAUUCCUGAUUUUAUCUUUGUUUGCAUCCUGCGCUUGUAAUCCUUUCUAAAUCUGAUACCCAUCCCAGCUGACAUUUUAAAUGCUACAUUAAAUGUUUUUAAAUCCUAUUCAGUAUGCCCUAUUAGUAUUUAGUAACACAGAAUAUAUGGAACGCUGUGACAUUCACCCUGUUUCUGCCAUUAUUUUGUAUGUAUGCUUCACAGAAGGUACAACAAAGUACUUCCAAAGCUAUUAUAAAGCAUAGAUGGAAUGUUUAUUUUGCUUAGACAGAAGCAGUUGUUGAAUAGCUAGAGGCUUGUCCACACUUCUGCUUUGCCCUGGGAAAUCCCAAUCUUUGCUGCCGAAUUGGAGAAAACAUUAAUCAGGUUUUCUGCAGAUUGACAUUUGCUCCAAUUCAGCACUAAAGAGCCAGUGUGGUGUAGUGGUUAAGAGCGGUAGUCUCGUAUUCUGGGGAACCGGGUUCGCGUCUCCGCUCCUCCACAUGCAGCUGCUGGGUGACCUUGGGCCAGUCAUACUUCUUUGAAGUCUCUCAGCCCCACUCACCUCACAGAGUGUUUGUUGUGGAGGAGGAAGGGAAAGGAGAAUGUUAGCCACUUUGAGACUCAUUUAAGGGAGUGAAAGGCGGGAUAUCAAAUCCAAACUCCUCCUCUUCUUCUUCUAAAGAGCAGGUUUUCUCAGGAAAAACUCUUGUACUCAUGCUUUCUUGGCAUGGGACAACUGGGACGAGCCCUGGGUGAGUGACGGCAGAAGGAAGCAACCAGGCCUCUUUUUUUCUAAUGUGGUAAUCACAAAACAAUCUGGAAGUUAAAAAUUGCAUUUGAUUUAGAUUCCUACUACACAUACUUAAGUCCAGCACUGAUUUAUUUUGAAAUAUAUCCUAUAUAUCCUUUGUGCCUGCUCCUUUUCAGCCCUACCUAUGUUGGAAGCGUGACAUCAGUUGGGCCAGGGCAAGGAGGUUUCCUCAGAGUGGCGGAGGCAUCCAAUGUCUGAUCUUCCUCUCUGGUUAGACCUCUUUCUCCAUUCUUGUACAGGGAAAUUUCAUGCUUCCUGUGAGCCCUGGGAAAUCCCACCAAGGACCAUUGGAUUGUAAGGUUAAUUAGUUAAAUAUAAUAUGACAAUAGGAUAUAUAGAAAGAGGAAGAGGGAGAGAGAGAUUAAACCAGUUUUGGAAUCUGUUUAAUGCUGAAUAACAGUUCAAACCAAUCUCUCCCUAGAAAGCUUGUCAUGCAAAACAAAUAACUAGACAUCUGGCUGUUUUCUUGUAUCUCAUUUUGCAGUUAUGUAAAGGACUGUAAUUUUGAUGAACUGGCCAGCCACAAAGAACAUUGUUUCUCUUUACUGCCAGUAAGCAGUGUUUAUUUCAACCCAAAAGGAACAAUUUCUGGUAAAAUGUUGCAUAAAUGUGCCUUUGGGAAAGUCUCUGACAUGUUAUUUCACAAUCUCUUUGAAGAUGGAAAGACAAAAUAGUUGUGGCACAUACAUUAUUUUGUUCUGAGAAUUGUAUUGAUUUAUAACAGUGUGCGGCAUAGAGCCCUACUAAUACUUAUGCUUUAUAUUGGUUUUAAAUAUGGGGGGGGGGCAUCAAAAGACAAAUUUUACCAAUGGGGAGCACAUAAGCAUAAUGAUGAAAAUGUGCACCUGAAGCCCCACUGGCCACACACACACACACACACACGAGUAUCUUAAAAGAUGGCCCCUGGUCCCCAGUGAAAUAUAUUUUGUUCUUUUCAUAUGGAUGCUCCUAUAGUUUUGCCCCCCCCCCCCAAUGCCUUAAGCAUCCACCCAGGUGCUCUCCCAUUGAUACAGAUAUGACUGUGUGGCUGCAGUGUGCAUAAAAGAACCUAAUCAGAACUAGUAUCACACAUAAUUUUGAGAUGUCUUAUAGGGAAGAAUAUUUUUUAAAAUGUGUUUUUCAUUCUUUGACUCCUUUAAAUUCAUACUAAUUGCAUUUUGAUAGUAACUGUUUGAGGGUCUCAGCAUCAAGCCUCUAGCAUCAGGGAAUGUCAGGGAGACAAACAACAUUGCCUGUGAUCAAAGUUAUAGGUGACAUUACAGUAUUUCUUGCCAACGUGUUCAUGGAACUUGAACUUGACAGCUGCUUUUUUAUCUUGCAAUUUUAGCAACGUAUAGAAUUCAAAAAGUAUUUUGGGGGAAGCAAGGGAGUAAGUGUAAUCUUGCAGGUAAUUGCAGAGGAAAAAAUAUUCGUUCUAAAUACAAACACAAAUAUUUCAUGAUAUAUAAAAUCAAUCAACACAUAGGAAAUACGUUGCAGCUUAGAAAUACUGUAUAUUUACUCUCAAAAGGGGCACAGCCCUCUGCAGCUGGCUAUAUUGCUUAGCCAUUUAGUUUAUCACCCAAGCCUCUUCUUGUGAAAUAUAAUUAACAAUAAGACUAACUACAUAUCCAUGAUGUCAUUAUUCCUUCCCAAUCUCAAAACAGCAUACAUUAAGCUUGCAAAUUACAUGGGGGUUAGGUUCCAGGGAUUGCCAAAAUCUCAUAUAGUCAAAAACCAUUGGAUUCAGUGGCAGGUGAGAUUGCAAAAGGCAUUUUCCCCAGAAGCCACCUUCUUUGCAGCCCUUUAAAAAAAAUUUUAAAAAAAUUGCCACAUGCAUACAGCUGAAUGUGGCCAAGUUAAAUGUGUGUAAGAUGUGAGCUUACUGUACUGUAUAAUUAUUGGAACAGGACUGUUAGGAAUAAUUUUGUAAAUAGAAGAACAAACUAGGGAGUUUCAUCACAAUUUCUUCUCCUUGAAAUCCUAGAUUAGUUUUCAUCAUAUGUUUUGUCAAUUAUGGAGAACCUAAGGAGUCUGUCUGUCUUACUUUCCUUCCAACUUAAAAGACAUUUUCUUGUAGUUUGCAGUUGUUAUAAUUUGUUACUGUUAUUACCAAAGCCACUUCAUAUACCAGGCUGUCUGGAAAUCUAGUACUCACAGUGGAGUACUAGAUUUAUAAAAGCUUCUAAACCUCUUCCUUCUUCCAGUUAUUGAUUUUCUUGUCAACUCGUCUACACCACAUAUGCAAAGGUACUGUAAGUACAAGGAAUUUAGGUGGUUUCUCCCAGAAAAAACAAGUUAAUACACCCAAUGUCUUAACUACUUCUGGUUAAAAUGAAAACAUUAAGAAGGCAAACACACACUCCAAAGCAUUUCAGGGAGUGCAGAAUCCUAGCAUUACUCCAACUCUUACAGAUGUCAGCAGCAAGGUGUAUAAUAUUUGACCAGCUUGUUUAAAGUUAAGAAAAAAUGCAAGAGAAUAUUUUUAAACUACGCACUAGUAGGUAAAAUGCACAUGCCCCUGGCUGUGCACUCAUAAUAUAAAUAACCCAAAAUGUGCCUAGGAAGAUGAAGAGACAGAAAGGAGCUGACUCCUCUGUUCUCAGUGAUGGGGGUCACGAUGUUAGGGUUGUCAAAUGGCAACUUUUGAUUUCAAAUAUUCCUCUGGCUGGGGGGACCUUGGGAUGUGUAGAGGGAAAAGCCCAGUGGACUCUGCAAAGACAAAGAAUAGAGCUAAUGGCAAAAUAGAUUUGUUCCUGAGGCUGUGUGGGCAGAAUUGUGGACUAAGCCUGUAUCUGAGUUUUAGUAGGGCAUAUAAGAGUCGUGGAAGGAAGUAGCUGUGUAAGCAAUCUCCGCAGCUGCCCCUGUACCAUCUCUUACUUUUACUUUGGUAGCUAAGGAAAGUAUGGCAUUGCACCUGAGGAUACUGGGGUGGAAAGGGAAGAAUUUGUUUGGCUUCUAUGAGAACAGGAUGCUGGACUAGAUAGGCCAUUGGCCUGAUCCAGCAAGCUCUUAUUAUGUUCUUACCCAGUGCCGGAUUUACAUAUAAGCUAAACAAGCUACAGCUUUGGGCCCCACUCUCUUGGGGGCCCCCAAAAAAAUUAAAGGGGAAAAAAACCCCUGGAUGUACAUUUCCAAAAUAUAAGAUAAAAAACAAAUAAAAUGAAACCUCCAUACAGCAACAGUGGCAAAUGGCUUUAGAUACCUAUUAGGUCCAGAAAUUACCAUAUAGCAUAUAUUCAACACAAAAAAACAGUUACAAUUUGUUGUUGACAAAGGACAGCUGGACAUAUAAAGGGCCCCAUUACCUUCAGUAGCUUAGGGCCUCAUCAAACCUAAAUCCGACCCUGUUCUUCCCUAUCUUUAGCUCUGUCUAGCUCUUUCACUCCUCAAUACAGACUGAGUUGCCCUGUCCUUGGAAUAAGUACAAAUGCCUCUCUUGUUAUAUUCAAGCCUUCCCUAUAGACACAUCCACAAGCGUGUACACUCAAACCACUUGUCAUUGCCACAUUUAAUUGCUGCUGAUAUUUUUCUGGCCCAGGGCUCAUUAUGCCUCUUUCUUUCCAUGGGAGAAGUGCAGUAACAGCAAUUGGUCUUUGACACAUUCUUAUUCUGCAGCAGGUGUUGACAUGUACUGGAAGAGCUCAAGUGCUCAACAUGGCAAUGGGUCUGUGUGCAAAGAGCAUCAGUGAGAUACUCUUGAUACCACACCUGUGGAGUAAGCAUUGGGAGGAAGCUGUUCCCCAGCAUACUAGCUCUGUGAUAGCAAUAGCCACGCAGAUAACAGAAAUGUAGAAGGGCUGCUUGCAUCCUGUCUCCUCACCCACUUCAGUGCUGCUCUUGAGUGUGCUUUGAAUAUAUAAAGACAAAAGUGCUGUAUCAGUCAGAAUUGGAUACUUCUCGUGGAUGAUAGCCCUGUAAAGCUCUUACAGUACAUUUCAUAAAACACAACAUAUAACCAUCAGAUAUUUAAAAGGUUCUGUAGAAGAAAAUGUAUGCAUGUCUCCGUACCCUAAGAUAAAGGUCUCAUUUUAUUAUGUCCUGAAAUUCUCACCCUUGUCAUCUUAAGCUUGAAAGGAUUUUAUUUUUUGGGUAACUGCCAUAUCUUUUAAUGGGUAAUGAAAAAUAUAUUUACAAUAUAUAUUUGCAUGCAUUUUUACACAAGUCAGAUAAAUAAGGGGUUAUUUCCAACCUCUUGUCCAGCUGUAAAGACAGUGAUUUGUCACCUUAUAUAAUUAUUAUCAAAUUAAUGUGCUGAUGCUUCUCAUGAAUGUUCUCUCUCUCUCUCUCUCUCUCUGUGUGUGUGUGUGUGUGUGAGAGAGAGAGAGAGAGAGAGAGAGAGAGAGACGACAAAGCCUCCUGCAAAAUGUCUGGCAAAGGUAGAAGGGCGUUAUACAUAAACUGUUUACCUUUUGGAAGAUUCUCUUUUUCAAUAGAAAGGGAACUGAACAAAAGAAUGCUUGUUUGAAUUGAUGUUUCGGAAACUGACAGUGAAAGGAUUGCCAACUUUGGUGAUGACCCAUUGCUUUGAAGGAGAGGUUGUUGUUGUUGCUUUAAGUUCUGAGUAGAAGAACAGCAGGUGUCGGUGGCCUUUGGAGGUAGGUGGGUGUAUCACACGUUUGGGCAAGUACCGGUACUCCGUUAUUUCAAGCAGAGAUCAAUAGAACAUCCUCCUAGCCUUUUUGCUGGUUCCCGUCUUAUUUUAUUUGUAUCAAAAGUAGGUGGAUUUUGUCCUCAUUGUUACGCUGUAGCAUUCAGUUUAAAAAAACAGUCAUUGGUUUUAGGGGAAUGUGACUGCGGCUUUCAUUUAUGCUUCUACUCUUCCCUUUUCUGAUAGCUCAGAAACUAGUUGUAGUGUGAGCACCUGCCCUUUUUACAUGGGGGCAUGUAAGAUGGUGGAAACUACAUCAAUCUGAGAUACAACCCUGCAUCUUUACUGUACUUACUUUGAAAUGAUCAGUGUGCGAAAACUAGUUGUAGUUUUAUUUCGCUUCUGUGGUACCAUGAUAGCUCCUACAGGGCAGAAUAAAGCAGCGAGGAGGCCUUACUCAAAGUCCUCCCCAAUUUAACUAUGAAUCAAGGUCCUGCUCUUGUUCACCACUAUGUUGUUGCUGUUAUGUUGUAUUAUAACAUAAUUAUAUUAUUGAGAAGUAUAUGCUUUGCUGUGCCAUAUCACACUCCCCAGCCAUCCAUUUUACAUGUAUCCACAGACUCUCUUCAUUUUUUGCAGGGGGUUGGACUAGAUGAUCCUCAGGGUCCCUUCCAACUCUACAAUUCUAUGAUUCUAUUAUUCUUUUCCCAUGCUUGCAGAAUGGAAGCAUGCAUAUCUAGGAUGUCUUCAGGAUUGGAGAAGAGAACAUUCUGGUUAGAUGGGUUGGCCUUGGCUAACAAACAGGGAUGGAACCUGAAAAGUAAUUCAUGCAAACUGUGUAAUCUACCAUUGAGAUAUGAUCCCUCCCAAUGUGUAAGGCACAUUAAUAAUCUGCAAACCAAACACCAAGUCAGGGCACAAAACCACCCAUGUGUUUUCCAGGGACGUUUACAUGUCUGCCAUAAUCCUUCCAGCUAUAAUCUGUACCAUAGUAUCUCAUAGUAGUUCCACCAACAUAAGUUCAGUGCAUCCUUUUAAUGAAUAACACCAUUAAAAGAUGUGUAAUUUUUCACAAAAUGAUUUAAACAUUUUCAUUAUAUCACUAAUAUAUAAUUGUAAUUGUAGCUAUUUAGACUGGGGCCUGCUUCUUCAAAUGCUGUUAACAUUUGCUAAGAUAAAACAGUAUUAAAUUCAUUGACUUUUAUUACAUUAACAGGUUGAACCAUUGAUACAGAAGGGCCAUGAAAAUUUGGUUCAUCACAUUCUACUCUAUCAAUGUAGCAGCAGUCUGAAUGAUAGUGUACUGGACUAUGGUCAUGAGUGCUAUCACCCAAACAUGCCGGAUUCAUUCCUCACCUGUGAAACAGUCAUUUUUGCCUGGGCCAUUGGAGGAGAGGUAAGAUAUAUGGUUUUUGUAACUUAUUUUACUAAUAGACACUAUGGGAAUAAUUCACCUAAUGAACUCUGGCAGCAGAAGUCCAUUGAAAUCAGUAGGACUUAAAUUAGCCAUGAUUGAUAUACAUUCUCUAACUUGUUGCCUGUAUUGAACAUGAUGAAAUCUAAAGCCCAGCUGCCGGAGUCUUAUUGAGCCAAAAAUUGUUACAUGGAACAAAUUGAACUUGGUCUCAAUAGGGUUAAAUACCAUCAACAUUAAAUCUAGCUGUUGAGCACAUUUCUGUAUUCUGAGAAUUUUUCCAAGGUAAACAAGAGACAACAAUGAAUAAUUUUAAAAUUAUAUGUCAUUACUCAGAAUAAUAUGAUUCCUGUGGUAUAAACCUGUAUAAACUCAGCCUAGAUUAAGAAAAAAAUGAUCCAAUAUUGGGAAAUUCCAAUUGGAAAAUCUGAGGGUAUAGGGCAGUAUGCAAAUUUUACUACUACUACUACUACUACUACUACUACUACUAAUAACAGUUUGGGGUGGGAUGAGAUCAAGCAAUUUAAUCCAGAUGAGGGAAGAACUAUGGCCUGAGAAAUCUGCUGAUUUGGAUGGAGAAUUGCAUCUGGGUGUAGAUGGGGUUGUGCUUCCACAGAAGCGCAAGGUAUGCACAGGUAACAUCUGUGUGGGCAGAGGGGCAUUUUGCCAUCUUACGCUGGUUCGGCAGCUGCACCCCUAUCUAGAGAAACUCACUUAUUCUCAACAACAAAUAUUUUGGUUAUGCUCAGGCUAGAUUACUGUAUUAUGCUGUACAUGAACUGUCCUUGAAGAUAGUUCAGAAACUGCAUAUGGUGCAGAAGCUUAUAGGCUUGGGGCAGCUAGCUGUUCAGAUCAUAUCCAACUUAUGUUUUGGUUACAUUGGCUGCCUAGUCUUUUCUAGGCAGCUCAAUUCAAGGUGCCUGAACAUUUGGAUCAGGCUCUGAGGUCCUCCUUUCUAGUCUACCAGUAAGUAGUUAGAUUAGCAGAGAGCAAGGACAGGGCCUUCUCAAUUGGAGCUCUCUCCUUAGUGGAAUAUAUGUGACUUGAUCAUUGCUGGUGUUUUUAUGAAAACUGAGAAGUGUUUUUACCAUAGUCUGCAUUUUUUAAUUGAUUAAUGUGAUGUGCUUGAAGAAUUUUAGCUGUUGGUUUUUUUAAAAAAAUUAAAAUUACAUUGUUCUUUAAAAUGCAUUGAAAUAUUUGUAUGCAUUGAGAGGCAGGCUAUAAAUCUAUGACUUUGGAAUACAGUACACUGAUCCUAGGCUUGUUCCUAUAGUGUAUAAUAUUGAUAUACAGUGGUACCUCAGCUUAAGUACUUAAUUCGUUCUGGAGGUCCGUACUUAACCUGAAACUGUUCUUAACCUGAAGCACCACUUUAGCUAAUGGGGCCUCCUGCUGCCGCCGCGCUGCCAGAGCACAAUUUCUGUUCUCAUCCUGAAGCAAAGUUCUUAACGGGAAGCACUAUUUGUGGGUUAGCAGAGUCUGUAACCUGAAGCAUAUGUAACCCGAAGCGCAUGUAACAUGAGGUACCACUGUACCUUCAUUACACUUUGUCCAACAACAGAUAAGGAAAGGAGGUAAACAAGGUCCAAGUAUCAGUACCAGUUUUCCCCUUUGGUAGAAUGAUGGGAGCAAAUGUAUGUAUAGUAAAGAAAUACGAAAUAUACACAAAAUGUACACAAAACCCCCAAAUUACUGCAUGUUUACAUGCAGACAUAGAUAUAUUUAGUAACAGCAAUUUCUGGUAAGUGUCAGUCCUAAGGGAUCUGCCAUUUUCUCUAAUUGACAUAUGAGGUUGAAAUACAUUCCAAACUAAAUUAUUAGAACUUUUGGUAGAACCUGGUUAAUUGCGUUUGCAUGUUUCAAAUUCUAGGGCUUUACAUAUCCUCCUCAUGUUGGCUUAUCUAUCGGGACAGCAUCAGAUCCUCAGUAUGUGCUUAUGGAAGUCCAUUACGACAACCCAUCAUAUAUGGAGGGUAUGUUUCUUAACUACUUUUUAACUUUCUAAAUUAGUAAAAUAUGCCAAAUGCAUAGGCUUCCUAGCCUGCUCAUCCCAGUAAAUGAAACAGCUGACAGGGAAUGAAAUCCCACUUUUUCUUAAAGUGUCAGUGCUGAUGAUAAUCUUCUUUGUGAACAUCCUGGGCUUGCCCUAGCACUUGCUCAUAUUCAUGUGGAGAAUGUUUGAAAUACUGUACAUGGAAGCACAGGUUGACAUAUUCUUUAGUACAAAAUAUAUGCUGUACUUCCAGGUACAGUAUUUAUGUGAAAUUGCAGCUCUUCUUUUUGGAGCUAUUACGUAUGGUCAAUAGAGCUAUUGUGGUCAAUUCUGCAAUACAGCGUAGUCAGGUAUACAUAUAUAUCUGAUUCACAUGGUGCUUCAUCUGUGCACAGAUGUUGAUAAGUUCAAGCCUGAAGGUAUCUACACAUAGGGCAAUUGACGGUAUUUAAACUAGCUAGUGUAACAAUUUUUGCACUGCACAACUUGAUCUGAAUUUCCAAAGGAUAAACUUUUUCACACAAAAAUUGGGGAAACAUGCACAUCUUUUAGUUCUCAAUCUCUUAAAGAUGUGAUGGGUGGUAAUAUUUUUGCAUGGCAUCAAAGUCAUUUUGACUUUUUACAGAUCAGCGUUUGAAUGAGAUUUUGAAGCUGUACUAUUUUAGUUAUCAACAUAUUGUGGGGGGAAAAUAAUACAAUUGUUUAUUUAUUGCAUCAGUCACCCAAACAAGGCAGCCUCUAGGUGACUUAUAGCCAAGUUUGGAAGCUUUUCAAGUUCCAUCAGUUUUUGUAAAUGUUGAUUUACAGAAAUUCUGGCACAUAGGCUGACUGCCUCUGACCAUGUGCUGAGUAGUUUUCCUUUCCAAAACAAAUGCUUCCUCACAUGUCUGGGUGUGUUGUGCAACUAGGUUUUCCACACUUCCAACUUGACCCGCCUAUCUAGGGUAACAAGGACCUUGCAGAUACUAUCUUGAUACUACGAGGAGCUACUUGACUGAGGAGGGAGGGACUUGGGAUUUACUCCUAGACUGGCUGUCUGGCUGACUCUCUUGCACAGUGGCUGUGAGAGAUUAGCUCCACUCAAAACAGCUCGUAGCAUGUUAAAAGACAAGAAAAAUCCAAACAACAAUUAGCCACUUAAAAACUUUAACAUCUUAGAUUUUAAAAGAUUCAUAUUAAUGAGAAAGGGCUGCCUGGACCAGUAAAGAUAAGAUAUUUCAUAAGAGAAACUGUGAUAAGACAUGCAGUGAUGCUGAUAGCCAACUACACUUUACUGUCUGUCCUGUCAUAUUACGAAAGUGGAAAAACACUGCAGAGAUUUGUUGAAAUCAGCUCACCAUAGACAAAAUGAUUGCUUCUGUCUCCUAGCAUUGCUGAUUUGUUAAUUUUGUUAUUCCUUUAAAAUCACAAUUGUAUUGGACAGUCCCGCCCUUUUUUUAUAUAGAUAUAGUUAAUCAAAGGCUGCUAAUAUUGAAAGAAGUGGGACCUGGGUUCCAGCCCUAACUUUUACUGAGUACAGCAAAUUAAACAAUAGUUUAACAGAAAACAAACCCCCUCACCUAUGGUCCUGUGUAUCAGGGAAAAGGUAAACUUCACUCAUGAUGGAUCUAUGUUUAUUUAAGCAUAAUUUUAAGAUUCCCAGACUAGACUCAGAUCAAAAUGAUGGCACAGGCAAACUUCUGUACACUUAGAAUUUAGGACCAGGAUGCCUUAACUGGCACAUUAUUAUCAUUAAAUUAAACAUGUUCAGCCAAAUAAUUUCUUUUUAGGACCAGAACUGUUCUUACAAUCCUUUUACAUACCAAUCAAGUCCUGAUUCCUCCACUCAGGAAAGAAAAUAUUUGUUUUGGCAAGCUAUCUUUUUUUUUAAGUAUGUUAGUGUUGCUAUUUUUAAACAAUUGGGAUUCAAAAAGUUGCUGAUCUGCCAGAAAUCACCCCAAGAUCCUGACUUACCUUUGUCCACCGCUGUUAUAUGUGCUGUUAUAUAUAUGUUGUAUAUAAGAAGGAAUAAAUAAAAUUUAAAAAACAUCACAAAAUGGAGAGAACAUGGGGCAGAAAAGAGUUGCUCAUGAUCAGUCUUACCAAAUACUAUCAAAUAAAUAUCCCUGACAGCACUCCAGAUCAUUACAGAAGGAUCCAUUCCUCCACCCCCUUGAUGUAUACUGCAUCUUAAGUGCUUGUCAGUUCAGACGUGCUUCCUUGGUGCGGGUGGUGGAGAGAGACACUUAGAUGAUACCCCACAACAACGGAGUGGUAACUAUGUGUUUAUUGUGCUAGAGUGGCUAUUUGGAAAGGCCUUACAAGGAACACAGAUGCGUACAUUUUUUUGUUGUUCAGGUCAGUAAAGUACAGAAGUCAGCCUGCUCUAAUUAACCACUUUCUUGUGACAAUACCUUAUUUACAGCUUUCCCAGUUUUUGUGACCCCCCUUGACCGGUCUUAAGCACAACUUCUCCCUUGUGUUACUUUCUUGCAUAAACUUGACAAGUGGGUCCCAAAGCGACUUAAACCCCCCCCCCCCCAUAGGAUACUUUAUGUUGAUUUAUGGCUGCUUCUGACAAUUGCUCUUUUGUUCUCAGGAAUGAUAGAUAACUCUGGGCUGAGGCUGUUUUAUACCCCAGAUUUAAGGAGCUACGAUGCUGGAGUUAUUGAAGCAGGUCUCUGGGUCAGCCUCUUCCACAACAUCCCACCGGGCAUGCCAGAAUUCACAUCAGAGGGUCACUGCACUUUGGAAUGCCUAGAGGAAGUAUGUCUCCUGCCUUGCUCAUUUCAUUGUGAUUCUUUGCAUUAUCUGAAAAUAGCACAUUUGAAGUGCUUUCUUCUGAAGGAACUAGUGGGUCUGAUACAGUCAUUACUAUACAGACAUUUGCAGUACAGUAGGUCCAGGAUCAAAAGAUGGUUUGUGUGCACAUGAGACAGAACUGCACGUGUAGCUCAGCCUUUUAACUUCAUUUUUCUCUGCUGAAAAACCCUUUGCACUGUAAUUAAAAUUGACCUGUCUCUUCAACAGUUGUAAUGAGGAAGCAAAAAGUCAAACUCCUGAAUCCAAUUUAACUCCUGGGCACAUAUACCAUUCCUUUGGAUCCCUGACAGCAGCAUGCAAGUUGUUAAAUGAAAUCAAAUGAAAAUAGAACAGGAAAUAGUGAAAGAAAUACUUGAUCUUUAUUUUUCUUUUCCUGCUGAUCUUUACAGAAUGUGCUUUAAAACUGACCUACAGUUAAUAACUCUGACUUUCAUUCUGUAGUGCUUUGUUACCAGUUUUCUGGCAGCUGGGCAAAUAUAUUUUGUUCAAAAUAUUGACAGUGCUUUGCUGUUUUCUUGGGGAAGAGAGUUCCACUUUGAAUAAAUGGCACAUAUGCAAAACAAUGAAAGAACAAUGCUAGUUAAAAUACUGAAUAAUACUGUGUUUGGAAACUCAUGGAGGGAGGGAAUAGACUGGUCUGGAAGGGCUGUUGAGGAGAUUGGAUGUGAGAACUUACAAAGCAGGAAUAGUUGAGGUGAUUAAAGACUGAGUUUGCUUAAUUUUCUAGCUCCCAAAACUCCCCCUCGCCACCUUGCAAACGUCUGAGUGUUUUAAGGAAAGCAAAAGCAGCUCGAAAGUCUGUUCUGCUGGUCAGCCAUCAUAGGACAGUGACUAAGUUGACACCUUGAAUUACUGCUCUAUAAAUCUACACAUGCUUCCAUGGUUUUUGCUGUUAGGUUUUUUAAAGGAUUCUUUCUGUUUCCCUUUUGUAAGCUUGUCUCUGCCUUAAAACUAUUAUUUUGAAAAGGACUAAAUUCUUAUGUGUGCAGGAAUUAUUUUAACAUUCUGUCUACAGUGUGUGUGUGUGUGUGUGUGUGUGUGUGUGUGUGGUGAGGGAGGGGAUAAUGGCUUUUGUAAGCAUAUUACAAUGCAGUCUAUAUGCUCUUCUAAUACUGAAUGUCCUCUCACCCUCUGUGGUAAUCUGAUAAGUUUCACUGGUCCUUUUCAGGCCCUGGAUGCUGAGAGGCCAAGUGGAAUUAAUGUGUUUGCAGUGCUCCUCCAUGCACACCUUGCUGGUAGAGGUAUAAGGAUGCGUCAUUUCCGCAAGGGUGACGAGCAAGAACUUCUGGCCUAUGAUGAUGAGUUUGACUUCAACUUCCAGGAGUUUCAGUAUCUGAAAGAAGAAAGGACCAUCUUGCCAGUAGGAAUCAAUGCUUCUUUCAUUUAAUAAUACUUUUGCCAUUUUGCCAUUUCUCCAAGCUGAACUGUCCCCCAUUUCCCCCCCUCAACAGGAUGGGCCAAAAGUUCAUAUUUGCCAUUGCAAAACACACAUUUUGUUCCAUGCAGGGAUGGGGCAAGGGAAAGAGAAGCUUCCAUUUGGAGUAGAAAAAUGACAGAUUAAGCGCCCCUCCUCCUCACUUCUCUCCCCAGUCAUGGCCCCACCCCAAGUCAGCAUGUCUUGUUAAAGAAGGGUAAUUAGGCUACAAUUACAUACAUUUGCACGUCUUGUGCUGUGGCUUAUCAGUAAAAGUUAUUACUUCAUAUUCCAAUGAACCUAAUGUUUACUUGCAUGAAUCAUUUUCGAGCUCUUGUUUUUUUUCAAUUCCUAAUUCUCUGUUCACAGCCUUUCAUUCUAAACUGAUGUUCUGUUUAAGAUAAGCUUUUCCUUUGGGCUGUUGCUGUUUUUGUUACUGAUAAGAACUUUGGGUUGCCAUAAGAGUUAAAUAUUAGUUGCAGAAACUUGAGACUGAAAGGCUCCUCACCAUAUAAAUCUGUCAGCAUUUGUCAGUUGCAGCCUGUCUGAUAGACCUCAGGGCUCUGAGGAUGGCUAGUCAUGACAAAUACUGUUAUGCAUUUGCAAACAUGGAAAAUUUGCUGCCUGUAGCAACUUUAUUAUUGUGGGGAGAUCAAAUAUUACUUCAAAUAGUCAACUUGCUUCUAAGCUCCCAAAUAGACUACUAAAUAACAAAAGAGAUAUCAAGAGAGAGAGAGAUGCAUGCAGUGGCAUAUAGAUGACCCUAGUGUCAUUGAUUGAGAUGUGUUGUCAUUAUUGUCCCCAAUAAUAACAGUAUUAAGAUUCAUAAACAUGACCACUGGGCAUGUGCUGGCCACUUUAUAAUCCUCCAAAAGUUAUCUGCUUGCUUUGGGCAGCUGUUUUGUUCUGCUACUACCACUCCUUGCAGUAUUAAGCUUUUCCCACACUAUUGCAAAUGAAUAUUUAGAAGUAUCUGCAGUGACCUACAAAAUGUUUAAUCCUUUGUGUGGUGGUGACUGGACUGGCUGUACGCAAAUACAUUCGAAUGAGCUCUCAGCCACAUAUGCCUCACAGGCCCACUUAACAUAUGCAUUUGAUGUCCCAGUUUCUAUCUUUCUCAGGCCAUGGUGUGCUUCCACAGUAAUGUAUAAGAGGGGCCUAUCAUUCAUUGGAUGCCACUGAGAACAGAAUACAUCCAUAUGAGAGGCGCACCUCAUCCCUAUCCCUAACCCAGUUGUGCCUCGUUUGCCCCCAGUCAGAUUGCAGGAACGUAGCAGACUUACUGGUUCCAAGGCGCAGCCUGCUGUGUUACCAACACAAUCCCUUGCAUGUAUAUUUAGAUAUAACCUCCAUUGAGUUUUUUGACUGUUACUCCCAAGAAAGUGUGCAGCUGAGCAGGCCAAUCCUUUCCAUGUUUACACAGAAGUAAGUUAUGUUGGGUCCCAUGGGACCAAAACCCAAGGAAGUAUACCUGAAGCUCGCUGGCUGACACUGGGUCAGUCACUAUCUCUCAGGAUUAUUGUGAAGACCUUGGUGUGGGUAUGCAGGGAAGAGUUGAACUUGGCUGUUCAGGAACGCUUUUCCAAAGAUGCCACUUUGCUACAUUGCUUGUAAGCAAGGUGCAUGCAGUGACUUGCCUUUGAUCAGAGAAAAAAAUAUUUUAUUCUUACCUAUGAAUGUCCUUUCUGAAAAUUGUAUCACAGGUCUUGCUUUUCUGGCUGACUAAAGUGGCCCUGAACAAUUAAAUUUAGCAGGGCAGAGUAUUUUGCCUUUUCUGUCUUCAUUAGGGGCAACUACUUUCUAGAGUUUUACAUGAACCUGCUGGUGAAGUUACAAACUAAAAGUGUUGCUUCCUCCUGGCUUAAAUAAUUCAUUUCUGCCCAUGAUCCAGUGAGAGAGAUUUGCCACUCCACUCUGCUUCUCAUUGGCUGGGAUGGCUCUAUGGGUCUACUAUCUUCCUAACCAAAUCCCAAAUAUUCGUAGCAACGAAACCUUUCUUUCUAUGGUCUUUGCUGCUUCUGUUUUGGUAAUGAAGAAAAGAAACUAUGCUAUAAGAGAGAAUGCUGUAAUUCGGCAGUGAAAUGCAUUGCUGCUAUUUGACCACAAAUCCAGAAAAAGGUGUGAUUUUUGUGAUUGUGUUGCUUGUAGAUUUUGGUUCUAAGAAACAGUGAAAACUGGAAUCUGUGUUACAAUGUAUUUUACAGUUCCUUUUAACAAAUUAAUUGUUACGUACACUUUUACUGAUAAAUAUAAAUGCCACAUGGCACAAAGUAAAAUUUCAGCCUACCCUCUACAUUUUCAAAAAACAAAAUAUUAAAACUCAAAUUCUCAAAACUGUUAAGAUAUUUUAAAACAGUCACCAAAAAAAUGUCUUAAACAUUAUCAUUUGUAACAGUGUUUGCCUUAAAUGUUGUGUUUCAGGGAGAUAAUCUGGUCACCGAAUGUCAUUACAGUACCCUAAAUCGAUCACAUAUGACUUGGGUAAGAAACUUUAUGACAUGGCAGAAUGAAAAUGUCUUCAGAUAAAAAUGUUGCAGGAAAUGUUGUUUUGAGGCAUUUAGGUACUCUUGGCAGAUAGCUGCAAGGCUGCUAGAGCUUUGCUGUAGAUGAUCUAUUAAACUUAUAAAGCAGAUUUACUUCUGAUGCCAGAGAAAUUGCAUCUGGCCCUCUUUGCUGCCUAUAAUUUUAGUGUACCAUAAUAGACCCAAUCUAAUAUUCAAGAACGAUGCUUUAUAUAUUACAAUGACCUCAUUGCCAUUGGUGAUUCUUUACAUAUUUUGGACAUAAGACUCACCUGCGUGGGUCAUUUUUAAUGGCAGUUACACAGCAAAUAAGAUAUUAACCUCCCUUUAGCAUACUUUUUGGUUAGCUUGUAUGUACCAUAUUAAGGCUCUGUUAUUUACUUGUGGGUUUGGGGCCACAAAAUCCAACUUUUACUUUGACGGUACAGAGAACAAGGUUAUUUGGGCAGUGGGCUUUGCCACUGCCCUGUGUCCUAUAUCCUUAACUGCUACUCCUUUUUCUUGCCAUCCUUUUAGUGUUUUAUGUACAUAGUGGCAGCAGCAGCAACGAUGAUGAAUAUACAGAGGUAACACCAGAGGGCAGUAGUAGUCAGGUUUGAGAACAAGCACAGAAGCUUAGAUUCUAGGACUGAAUUGUCUGUCAACACUACCUUUCUGAAAUUUGCACACACAGUCCUAGUUCAGAAAAAAACGACACAGCAGGAAGGCUUCUAGAAGAAAGAUUUUCUUUAUUUUUUUAAACCUUUUGCAGUUGUCUGGCAGCACCUGUUAUGAAUAAUCCAUCUACUGUUUUACUUCAGCUGCAGUAAGAAAAGAAUAAAAGUUUUGCAGUCAGCAAGCAAAUUAACAAUGGCUUGGAUGCCAUUCAUACAGUUUAUAGCUUUAUUUGUUGCUCUUGCUUUGGACAUGAUCUGCAUUUUCUUAUGAUUAUUGAUAAUGUUUAGGAAACAUUCUUGAUAAAGCCUCAACAAAGGUAUCAAGUGAUCUGAAAAAAAUCCUGGAAAAAAAGUGUGUAUUGUUGAUUUGUUCACAUUUUUAGGGUGGUCUUAGCACCAGAAAUGAAAUGUGCCUAUCCUACCUUCUGUAUUAUCCAAGAAUAAAUCUUACCCGAUGUGCAAGUAUCCCAGACAUAAUGGAACAACUUCAGUUUAUUGGAGUUAAAGAAAUAUACAGACCAGUGAGGUAAGCAAGGUGGUUUCAUAGGCUGAGGUGGUGCAAAACUAUAUAUCGCAUUUGAUAUAUCACUCAUUGGAGAGAAGGCAGUCCUUAAGAUAUGCAAUACUUAACAUAAUCAAUGUAUUAAAAUUUGGAGGUGUGGGCAAGAUGCACCAUGCUUCACAUGCUCUAGAGCAGUGGUUUUCAACCAGUAUGCCAUGGCACCUUGAGGUGCCUUGAAGGAUAGCCAGGGGUGCUGCGAGCAACAGUGGCCUCUGUCCCUCUUUCCUUCGCUCCCUCUUCUGAUGUUCUCUCAUGUCUCUGCCUCCCAAAGGCUUGUGCAGCUGUUUGUUGCAUCAGCCCUGGUGCCUCUGAGGCUGGCCAGAGAUGCUGGUUGCCAGGAGCUGAGGCGGCCUCGGAGUAAGCGUGCAAGCAGGCAAGGGAGCCCAGCCAGCUAGACCACCAGCCCUUGCUGUUGGGAAUGGACAUACAAGUGGGAGGCCGGGCAGACAGGUGGUGCACUAGCUUUUCUUGUGCUUGCUGUGUGCAAGGCCCGCCUGGGAGCUGAGUGCCCAGUGCUGAAAGGUAGCCUUUCCACCAUGCAGGCCCAGCAGUGCCUGCUGCCUCCCAAGGUUAGGGGGUAGCCUCACAUUCACCUUUGGCCAGUCUCCAUUGGGCCACUAAGGCUGAGGACAUCCUCUUCCCAGGCCGCUGUGGGGCAGGGGGACAGCUCAGAGACCAGGAGUGGCAACAGCGACUGCCCAGAGGACUCCCAAGUAGAGGGGAGAGGAGAGAAAGUUGAAGGAACAUUCUACAAGGGAGGGUGUUCAAAAAAGAGUGAGAGGCUGCUAGUUCUGUAGGUAAGGGGUGAUAUAACUGGGCUCCUGAGCCCCACAGGGGGGAUGCAGAAAGAAUGUAGUUGGUCAAGGGAGCCAUGGACUCAAAAAGGUUGAAAACCUCUGAUCUAUAGUGUUCCCUCUUCCAUAGGUUGGACAGGGACUCAUGUGCAGGCUUCCUGGUUAAGGGAUGCAUUUCCUGCAUAACGGUUGGCUCAUUGGAACUUUUCAUUAUAAAUAUUGACAAGAAUGGAUGCAUUAGUCAUUCUGUUGUUGCUGGUAUUAAUACAGUAAUACCACAGCAGAUAAAAAUAUAUUUUUCUUUCAGAGAGGCAGCAUUCUAAAUAUUUGGUACUAUUAUUGUAGUAAUGGUGGGUUUUGUUUCAUUUUGCUUUUAAUUCAGGACUUGGCCAUUCAUUAUCAAGAGUCCAAAACAAUACAAAAACCUGUCUUUCAUGGAUGCAAUGAACAAGUUUAAAUGGUCCAAAGAACAGGGCCUUUCCUACAAUGACUUUGUUCUUAGGUUACCAGUGAAUGUAAGAUGUACCAAGACUGACAAUGCAGAGUGGACAGUAAGUGCAAUCCUUAAAAAAACAAACCAAUAACUGCUUGAACUACUGGUAAUCUGUAUAUUUUAUUAAUGUGUCGUGGUUGUAAGUUGGAAAGGGUGAUUGGAUUGCAUCAGAUAUUUUAAUUAUUAUUUAUUUCAUUUAUGAAUCAUUUAUUAUGAGGAAUGCCAAAGUGAUUUACAAUAAAAUGGCAUAUAUAUAUAUAUAACAGUUCUCUAUAUCAGGGAUGUCCAACUUCCAAGAGACGGCGAUCUACUCACACGAUUAAAACCUGGCAGUGAUCUACCCCUUUUCCUUGGGGUUCAGGUCAAAGUUCUUGAGAUUUUUUUUAGGGAAAAUCCUCCCAUUUGGGGGGGGGGAUUCAGGUCAAAUUUGUUGAACUUUUUUUAGAGAAGAUCCUCCCUUUUUUAAGGGGUUCAGGUCAAUGUUGUUGAGCCUUUUUUAGGGAGGUAAUAUUUGUUAAUUUAGGGGCUUAGGUCAAAUAGCUAAAAAAACGGUGCUCACCAAGAGUUUGCUACUGAGACACUCAGCCUCGCAGUGAAAACUUCUCGCAAAGGACUUCUGCUUCAGCGAGGGGGCAGGGACGGAUGAAGGAGCCAGCAGUCUACUGCUGUCUAUCAAAACAUCCCAGGGAUCGACCAGUCUAUCCCGAACAACCUGUUGGACAUCCCUGCUCUAUAUAAAAUCUAUUCAUGUCCAGAACAGAUACCAACCAGGAUAAAGGCACCUGUCUGAUAGGCAGUGGGAGGGAGUUCCAAAGGGCAGAUGCCACCAUGCUAAAUCACACCACAAAUCAUCAUGAAGGAGGGGUUGUAACUCAGUAGUCAAAAUGCAUCCUUUAACAAUGUAAGAAUUGACUUGCCUGAUCAAACCAUCUAGUUCAGUUUUCUGUGGAACAUAUUGGACAAUCAUAUCUGAGAUUAAUAAGGCAAUAUAUGAAUGAGCCAUUUGAGUUUGCACCCAGCUCCAUCACUCCUCUCUUUGCAUGAGUGAGUGAACAAACCAGGAAGUCUUCCAUUAACUAUUCUUUCCCAUUUCCUUCCAACUGGUUAAUGGCAUUAGAACAAACCAGGAUAGGAAGCUGUGGUUGAAGUCUGAUUAAUAUCCUGAUUUGUUUGAAAGCCGUUUACUAUCAUUUCCCAGUUCAGACAAAACAGGAAAGUAUCAUUAAUGAAAGACUUGCUUGCUUUCCUGUCAGAUGGUGUGAAGACUGAAGCAAAAGGUGCUUUAAAAGGGCUCACUUAUAUCUUGGCUGAAUAUACUGAUUUGGUGUAUGAAUGGUCUUGGGGAUUUGCAAAGUACUUUAGUAACCACAAAUUCUAUAAAGGAGGGAUAAUGCAAAGUCUUAUCAAGACACCUAGUACUCUCAGCAGCUAGAAGGUAGCAAGAAUUUAGAUAAUAGAUAUUAAGGGCAUUAAGAAAGUAACUAGCUGUUGAUUACGGCCAUCGGGUUUAGUUGGGAUGAAUAAAUCUGUGUAAAUAAGUGUAAAUGCUUAAUAAUAAUAAAAAAUUGCCAGAGUAUUCUCUGUUGUUGGUACUGGUGCUUACUUAGAUCAGGAUUUCCCAAACUUGGCCCUCCAGCUGUUUUUGGACUACAAUGCCCAUCAUCCCUAGCAGGACCAGUGGUUAGGGAUGAUGGGAACUGUACUCCAAAAACAGCUGAAGUUUGGAUCUGCACCCUGACUUAAACUAUAAUACAUAAAUAAUAUAGAUAAGGCACAGAUGUCAGCUAAAUUCUUUAUAGAGCCCAGUAGUAUAUGCAGCUUAUAAUUUUAUUUCAUUUUAAAUUUCAGAUACAAGGAAUGAUAACUUCACCACCUCAAAUAGAAAGACCAUACAGGACAGAACCAAUUGUCUGUAGUUCAACUUCCUGCUUAAACUGCAAUCUGUUUUUAACUCUAUUGAUUGUUCUGUACACGUCAACCACUGCUGCAAGAAAGAGUGGGCCUUUUGUAUAAUAACUCUGAUUGUACUCACUUUCAUUUUUUUGUGCCAUGCAAGUCCUGAAAUGUUUGCACUGUUGCUCUUGUAGAUUUAUUUUUUUACAUAUUAAUAAACUAAAUUCAUUUCAAAAUAGUGUUCACCUCAUUUGAAAGGGGGGGAUAUUUCUUUUUUGCAAUCUAAAUUGAUUGGUAUUGUUUCAUUUUAUUCAUCCUGGCACAUCACACCAUGAGAAAAGCUGCUCUGUAUUUGGAUACCAUUGUAAUAAACUAAACUUUAUCUAUGUAACCUU